AUGAACGACGACGACAAAAAAGCCAGCUUACCGGUCCACGUAGUGUUGAGUGGGGGAGAAUACGCUCGGAUCAAGACUGAAACGAAGCCUCACGUCGGGAAAGAGGGUGAACCGAUCGCAGAAUACACUAGACUGGGCUGGUUCAUAAUGUCACCAGGAGAGGAAUUCGACAAAAAUACUAUGCUUAUGACUCAAACUAGCCAGACAGACUACGAGGAACUCUGCCGUCUAGACGUACUCGGGUUAGCUGACGUUCCAACACACGAUCAAGGAACGGUGUACUCCGAAUUUAAAGAGCAAUUAACGAGAGAUCCAGCGGGAUGGUACGUAACGGGGCUGCCUUGGCGAGGAAAUCAUGCAACCUUGCCAAACAACAAACAAGGAAGUCUACGUCGUCUGAACCACCUCACGAAGCGACUGCACCAAAACGGCCUUACCACUGAGUACGACUCCAUCAUCCGAGAGCAACUGAACGAGGGGAUUGUUGAGAAAGCACCGGAAGUCCCUAGCAACAAGGAAUUCUACAUUCCACAUAAGGCGGUAGUUAAAGAGAGUGCGGAGAGUACCAAAAUGAGAAUAGUGUACGACGCCUCCGCGAAAGCCAAACCUGAUGCCCCAUCCCUCAACGAGUGUUUGAACCCCGGUCCCCCCCUCCAGAACAAACUUUGGGACGUUUUGGUCCAACAACGCGCUUACCCAGUCGUAGUAGCCGCUGACAUUCGAAAGGCGUUUCUGCAGAUUCGGAUUCGAGAAAACGAACGUGAUUGCCUCCGUUUCCAUUGGCAGAAAGAACCACACUUAGAGAUCGAAGUUCUACGUUUCACAAGAGCAUUGUUUGGGCUGAUCUCGUCGCCAUUUCUUCUCGCCGGAGUGCUCGAAAGCCAUUUUGACGCCUGGGAAGGGAAAUACCCGGACCUGAUACGAGAGUUGCGGCGCAGUUUAUACGUUGAUGAUCUGCUGACCGGGGGCCAAACUGUACUGCAGGCUCGUACGCGAAAGGAAAAGGCCAUUGAAGUCCUGGACGAUGCCACUUUCCAAUUACACAAGUGGCACUCGAACGUUGAAGAGUUAGAGAGAGACGGUGAUCGGUCCCAAAAUCAUGACGAACAAUCGUUUGCGAAACAACAAUUUGGAGUGCAACCUGGUGAAACGAAGAUGCUUGGUUUGAAAUGGAAUAAAGUCGAGGAUACCCUGUCGAUCAAUUUUCCUGAAGAUGAACAUCCCGUGACCAGACGCGGUAUUCUCGGCAAACUCGCAAAGAUCUAUGACCCCCUCGGUCUGGUGUCACCACUUACACUAGAAGGGAAGCUGGUGUACAGAGCAGCCUGCGAGUCGAAGACGCCGUGGGAUGCCAAACUUAAUGACAAACUGACUCAGCGUUGGAAGAAGUGGGAGCGAAUCACCCCCAAGAUGGAGACGACACCGCGGGCGAUUGUAGACCAUAGAGAACCGGUGGAUGAGCUAGAACUUCACGCGUUUGGAGACGCCUCUACACAAGGAGUAGGCGCCGCUGUCUACUCAAUCGUGAGACAAAAGUCGGGAGUUACGCAACGACUUGUAGCUGGGAAGGGUCGACUCGCUAAGCAAGGGCUCACUAUCCCUCGGUUGGAAUUGGUCGCAGCACACAUGGCCACCAACCUUGUGACGAACGUGGGCAGCGCCUUACAAGGACUUCCGAAGCCCAGAGUACUCGGAUGGUUAGACAGCUCAGUUGCCCUACAUUGGAUCCGCGGUAACGGACAAUAUAAACAGCUUGUGGCAAAUAGAGUCGCCAAGAUCCAACUUCAUUCAGAAAUCGAGUGGCGAUACGUGCCUACCCAUGACAACCCUGCCGACCUAGCCAGCCGCGGAGGGACAGUGACCACACCGUUGUGGUGGACUGGGCCCGAGUGGCUACAAGACCACGAUCGUUGGCCAACCAACCCAAUUACCGAAGCUUCAGCAGAUUCAGAGGCUGAAGCCAAGAUCAUCAAAGAAGUCUUGUGUGUCGCACGAGUAGAAGAUAUGAAGACGGACGACUUCGAUGACCUUCUCAAAAGACGAGAUUUACGACGCGUCCUGAGAACCGGUGCGUGGAUUCUACGGUUUGUUCGCAAUUGUCGAAGCAAGCAAAAGCAACGCGGUCCGUUGACAACUCCAGAAGUGAGCGAGAUGAAGACUUGGUGGAUCAAACGUGUCCAACUCCAAGACAGUUCAACACCACAUCACGAGCAAACCAAAGUCGCCCUCAACCUGCAGAAAAACGUCGACGGUGUGCUCGAGUGUCGGGGAAGAAUACAAGGGAAGUACCCGACGUAUCUACCUUCUGACGCGCCGUUUACGAGGAAGUUGGUGCAGAGAGUGCACCUCGAGACACUGCAUGGUGGCGUUGGGUUAACUAUGGCCGCAGUGAGAGAGGAUUACUGGGUUCCAAAGCUCAGACGGUUGGUAAAGUCUAUCCAAAGAGAUUGUUGGGGUUGCAAGCGGUCCAGAGCAACGGCCUUCGCAACACCCCCUCCUGGUCAGCUUCCAGAAGACCGAACCACCGGAGAAACAGCCUUCGAAGUCGUGGGAACUGAUUUCGCAGGGCCAAUACGGUAUCGAAAAGCUGCGAAGCGAGAGGGAAAGGCCUAUCUGGUCAUUUUCUCUUGCAGUUUGUCGAGAGCUAUCCACCUAGAAGUCAUUCCUAAUCUUGAAACGACAACCUUUAUCCCGUGCUUGAAACGGCUAGUGGCUCGGAAGGGUCGACCUCGAGUUAUCUACUCAGACAACGGUCGGACAUUUGUGAAAGCGGCGAAGUGGUUGGUUCAAGCGGUUGAAGACGAACGCCUCCACAGCCACCUAGAAGAGUGUAGCAUCACGUGGAAAUUUAACCUGUCAAGAGCACCCUGGUGGGGCGGGCAGUUCGAGAGACUGAUAGGUAUAGUGAAGAAGGCAAUGCACAAGACGAUCGGGGGAGCAACGCUCACUUGGCAAGAGUUAAGCGAAGUCAUGUUAGAUAUCGAGACCCAGAUAAAUAGACGCCCUCUGAGCUACGUGGAAGAUGACGUUGAGCUCCAAACUCUUACCCCGUCUACCUUCCUAUUUCAAAGGUCGAAUCAACUACCCGAACAAGAGCCCUGGCGAAAAGAAGAGAAAUCCCUACGAAAGCGGGCCAAGUUUUUGAUCACUUGCAAGGAGAACCUAUGGAAUCGCUGGCGGAGAGAGUAUCUCACUGCGCUUAGAGAGAGACAUAAUUUGACACACCAGACAACGAAGUUCAAAGUCUCGGUAGGGGACGUGGUCAUAGUAAAGAGUGACGACAAAAACAGAGGAAAUUGGCCUUUGGCUAUUGUACAACGAGUCUUUCCGGGGAAAGACGGAAUCAUUCGCGCAGUUAAACUGAAGACAGCUAAAGGAACACUCGAGAGACCGGUCCAGCAUCUUUACCCCAUGGAGCUUGCAAGCGAGAGCGUUAAACCAGAAGCAAACACACUGAAUCCAGAUGCUAAACCUUUCCGACCGAAGCGAAAAGCUGCUGAAAAAGCUGAUGAACAAAUUAGGAAGAUCGCAGAGUUUGAACGAAAACUAUUUUAA